GCGGGUGAAGGUCAUUGUGAUGUAGUCAUUGACCUACUAUCACUUGGUGCUGAUAUUAAUGCUCAGAGUAAUGGUGGAUGGACACCUCUAUUAUCUGCUGUAUUUAAUGGUCAUUGUGAUGUAGUCAUUGACCUACUGUCACUUGGUGCUGAUAUCAAUGCUCAGAAUAAUGAGGGAUACUCAGCACUGAUAAUAGCAGCCUUGCGGGAUAAGACUGAUGUUGUGGUGGAGUUGGUGAAGGGAGGAGCCGAUUUGGACCUACAGAAUAAGGAUGGGGACUCAGCAACGAUUAGAGCAUCCUACUAUGGUUGCACUGAUGUUGUGGUGGAGUUGGUGAAGGGAGGAACCAAUUUAGACCUACAGAAUAAGAAUGGAGACUCUGCAGUCAUCAGUGCUAUAGUGGAAUACAAACCAGCCACUCUGAGGGAGCUAGUGAGGGCAGGGAGUGACCUCAACCUCCAGAACCAGGAGGGACUCACUGCCCUAAUGAUAGCUGUCAGGAGUGGGAGAACUGACAUUACUAACAUUCUACUGGAGGGAGAACACAUCAACCUGGAUAUUCAGGAGAAUGGCACAGGGUGGUCAGCUCUCCACUUCUCUGCUGAGAGAGGAGACUGGGAUAUCACACAAGCACUCCUGGAGGCAGGAGCCAGUCUUCAUCUCAAAGACAAGAAUGGACUGACAGCUAUGGAGAUUGCUGGGGUCAAGGCUGAGGAAGGAGAGGAAGGGAGGCCUUAUGACAAACACAGGGAAGAGAGACCUCAGUGUAACUAUGAGGGAGUGAUUAGUCUUCUGAGGGAACAUUGUAAAGAAGAACCAAUUGCCACAACCAGUCAUCAUGUGAGUAUCACUCUG